CUUGCCAUAUWGGAGGACUUGGGGAGGCAAAACAUGGCGAAAUAACAAGUUUCGGUCUUAGCAGGUAGAAACUGCACCAUAUGUCGCUGUGUUGUGGACUACAGAUUUGAAAUAUAAAAACGGGACGCCGGAGCUGGACCGCAGAGCUUCGAGCAGACAUUUCCAGCCCUUGCGGCGCUCGGGUGGAUAUCGUGACCAUAACUGUGCCCGUCCGUGUUUUCCCCGGAAGCCUGGCGGUGCUAGGCGCGACUGUCAACAUCGGAAAAUGGACCAAGAGGGAAAGUUUUAAUGUUUAUUUUCUGUAAAACAACAUUUUAGCCUUUUAGCGUCGCCACGCCAGCUAAAACGCGUGAACGAUAGGUUAAAAACGCACGCACCUGAAAUCGGUUUGCUGUGAUUACUUUAAGCUGCGGAUGGAUUUUGUUGUAAAUCGUGGGAACAAGUUUUGACAACUAGCAGCGGCGGAGGCUCCGUUUCAAACGCGUUUAUUUAAGAAUAAGGACCAAAAAAAAUAUUACAAGGCUGAUAUAAUGACGGGCUGACGGUCGGUUCUGGUGCAGACGGACCCGGACGCCAUCACUUCAGACGUUGCGUUCUUCCUAAAAUAAAAAAAAAGACAUCGUUGCUUUUUUUUUUUUCGUUUUCCAGUGUCAUCAGCACAUUUAAGAAUGCUCCAGCGGGACAUUAAAGCUGCUUAGUGUUUUUAUAUAUUGACAUUUCUCCGGAAUGCGAGUUAAAUCGGUUAUUUUCGGGGAUGUUCGACGUAAAAUGUCGAAAUGAKCGCAGCAAGGUGUUCAACAACAGUAAAGGUGCACCGCAUUUAAAACCCGACACUUGUUAGAUAAUGGCCGACCAGUGACACUUCAUUGAAACAUUUUAUCUGGAUUUGAUUGUUCUGAUCCAAAUCUACAGCAGACAUUUUUUUUUUGUUAUUUUUAUUUUAUUGUAUUUCUUUAAACUACUGCGGAUAACAUCGGAGCUUUCGGCCGGAGUUGACGUGGAACUAAGCCGAGCUUGGGUGCGUCUGUGGCGGCUGGUUGCGAUGGGUUUGCUAAUCUAAUCUGCUGCAGCUUCAGUUUAUUUGAAAACAACUAUAACCUCCUGAAAUAGUCACUUCUCCUCCCUUAAAAAACAGCUCAUUUUUUGUGUAAAAAUCUGGCUAACUUGUUGGCUAAGUUAUGUCUGAAAACGCCCCCACACGAAGCCUGGAUGACAUAGACCUCGCAGCUUUGAGGGAUCCAGCAGGGAUCUUCGAGCUGGUCGAGGUCGUUGGCAAUGGGACAUACGGGCAGGUUUACAAGGGCCGUCACGUGAAGACAGGCCAACUGGCUGCCAUCAAAGUGAUGGAUGUCACAGAGGAGGAGGAGGAGGAGAUCAAAGCAGAGAUCAACAUGCUGAAGAAGUACAGCCACCACCGCAACAUAGCCACGUACUAUGGCGCCUUUGUCAAGAAGAGUCCACCAGGACACGAUGACCAGCUUUGGCUGGUGAUGGAGUUCUGCGGCGCGGGAUCGGUGACAGACCUGGUGAAAAACACUAAAGGCAGCUCUCUGAAGGAGGACUGGAUUGCUUACAUCUGCAGGGAGAUCCUAAGGGGCCUUUCUCACCUUCACGCCCAUAAAGUCAUCCACCGAGACAUCAAAGGCCAGAACGUGCUGCUAACGGAGAAUGCAGAGGUCAAGCUCGUUGAUUUCGGUGUGAGCGCUCAGUUGGACCGGACUGUCGGACGCAGGAACACCUUCAUCGGUACUCCUUACUGGAUGGCACCUGAGGUCAUUGCCUGUGAUGAGAACCCAGACUCCACCUAUGACUUCAGGAGCGAUAUUUGGUCUUUGGGAAUAACGGCGAUAGAGAUGGCAGAGGGAGCACCUCCCCUGUGUGACAUGCACCCGAUGAGAGCCCUGUUCCUGAUUCCCAGGAACCCCCCUCCUAAACUUAAAUCCAAGAAAUGGUCCAAGAAAUUUAUUGACUUUAUAGAAGGCUGUCUCGUCAAGACGUACCACAGCCGCCCGUCCACGGAGCAGCUGCUGAAGCAUUCCUUCAUCAGAGACCAGCCCACUGAGCGGCAGGUCCGAAUCCAGCUCAAAGACCAUAUUGACAGGACACGCAAGAAGAGGGGAGAGAAAGAAGAGACAGAGUAUGAGUACAGCGGUAGUGAUGACGAUGAAGAAAAUCGUAGCGAUGAUAGAGAGUCGAGUUCGAUCCUCAAUGUGCCCGGUGAGUCCACCCUAAGGCGAGACUUCCAGCGGCUGCAGCAGGAGAACAAAGAGCGCUCAGAGGCUCACAAGAGGCAGCAGGCCCAACUGGCCGCUCAGCGCCGAGACCCCGAGGAGCACAAGAGGCAGCUGCUGCAUGACCGACAAAAACGCAUCGAAGAGCAGAAGGAGCAGCGCCGUCGACUUGAAGAGCAACAGAGAAAAGAGCGAGAGAUGGUGAGGCAGCAAGAAAAAGGUCCCCACCGGAGACUCGACGAUAUGAGACGAGAGGAAGACAGGAGGAUGGCGGAGAGGGAGCAGGAGUUUAUUAGACACAAGUUAGAGGAGGAGCAGCGGCAGUUAGAAAUCCUUCAGCAGCAGUUGCUUCAGGAGCAGGCACUGCUUAUGGAGUACAAGCGCAAGCAGCUUGAGGAGCAGCGUCAGUCCGAGCGGCUGCAGAGGCAGCUGCAGCAGGAGCAUGCCUACCUGGUGUCUCUGCAGCAGCAGCAGCAGCAAGAGAAGAAGCCCCAGCUUUACCAUUACAACAAAAACCUGGAGCCCAACAACAAACCUACCUGGGCCCGUGAGGUGGAGGAGCGAAGUAAGCUAAACAGACAGGGUUCACCCAAAAUCUGCACUACUGUUUCUGACACGGCCAUCCAGUCUCGCUCUGACUCAGUCAGCCAGUCAGGAAUGGUCCAGUCGGCACAGACCCCUCCCAUGCAGAGACCAGUGGAACCUCAAGGAGGUCAGGGGAAGUUCCAGAUGGCUCACUUGGUUCCGCUGAAGCCUUACGCUGCCCCUGUCCCUCGCUCUCAGUCCCUCUGUGACCAGCCCACUAAGAACAUGUCCGCCUUCCCCACCCAGGAUCCCUCCCUCAACCCCACACCCCGCCCUGUCCAUUCCAGGGAGCUUGUGCGCCAGAACUCGGACCCCACCUCCGAAACCCCGGGACCACAAGGGCUUCAGAUGAGGGAGGAUCGUGGCCCUUGGAUCCGCCUGCCCGAUGUUGAGCUCCCACCUAAGAUUCCCCAGAGGACUGCAUCUAUUGCCACAGCUCUCAACACCAACCUUACCUCUGGCAUUAGGCACCCAGUAAGAGCCAGCAAUCCAGAUCUCAGCCGCAACGAUCGCUGGGAGAGAGGAGACAGCAUGAGCAUCAUUUCCAAUCUGCCCCAGACGGGCUCCCUGGAGAGGCACCGUAUCCUCAGUUCCUCCAAAAUGGAAUCACCCAUUCUCUCCCACGAGAGUCGUCACAAGCCAGGAGAGUCUCGGACCUCUUCUCGGCCCGGGCGCCCCGCUAGUUACAAGAGAGCUAUAGGGGAGGACCACGGCCUUUACGCCAAGGAGCGUGCUGAGGAGCCACCAAGGCCCCCUGUCAAGGCCAACGAUUACUCCUCCUCCUCAGAGAGCAGUGAGAGCAGYGAGGAGAGCGAGAGUGGCGAAGGAGCAGAGGAGGAGGAAAGCCCAACGGAUCGUCACAAGGAUGCAGACACUGAUUCAGUCAACACCAUGGUGGUUCAUGAAGACGAGGGCGAGGUGGGAGAAGGAGAGCAGGCUGGGGGUUACGGGGAUCAGACCAUGCUGGUGCAGAGAACCCCAGAGAAAAGGAGCCACAAUGGAUACACCAACCUGCCAGAUGUGGUGCAGCCUUCCCACUCCCCCACCGAGUCAGCCACUCACUCCUCUCCAGGAAAAGACUCCGUUUAUGAUUAUCAGUCCAGAGGUUUGGURAAGACCUCUGCCAAGUCGUCUUUCACCACGUUUGUGGAUCUCGGCAUGUACCAGUCACCAGGAGGAACCGGAGACAACAUGUCCCUCAGCAGCUCCAGGUUUGAGCAGCUGAAAAUGGAGGUAAGGAAAGGGUCCAUGGUGAAUGUCAAUCCUACAAACACACGUCCUCCCAACGACACACCCGAGAUCCGCAAAUACAAGAAGAGGUUCAACUCUGAGAUCCUGUGUGCCGCACUUUGGGGUGUGAACCUGUUGGUGGGCACAGAAAACGGUUUAAAGCUGUUGGACCGCAGCGGUCAGGGCAAAGUUUACCCCCUCAUCAACUCCCGUAGGUUCCAACARAUGGACGUCCUCGAGGGUCUCAACUUGCUCAUCACCAUAUCAGGCAAGAAAAACAAGGUCCGUGUUUACUACCUGGCGUGGCUGCGGAAUAAGAUCCUCCACAAUGACCCUGAGGUGGAGAAGAAGCAGGGUUGGACCACUGUGGGGGAAAUGGAGGGCUGUGUCCACUACAAAGUGGUGAAAUACGAGAGGAUAAAGUUCCUGGUGAUCGCUUUAAAGAACGCCGUGGAAGUUUACGCCUGGGCGCCCAAACCUUAUCACAAAUUCAUGGCCUUCAAGUCGUUUGCAGACCUUCCACACCGACCCGUCCUGGUCGACCUGACCGUGGAAGAAGGUCARAGGCUGAAAGUCAUCUAUGGGUCCUGUGCUGGCUUCCACGCUAUCGACGUGGACUCUGGAAACAACUACGACAUUUAUGUCCCUGUUCACAUCCAAAGCCAAGUGACCCCACAUGCCAUCGUGUUCCUGCCCAACUCSGACGGCAUGGAGAUGCUGCUUUGCUACGAGGACGAGGGCGUUUACGUCAACACAUACGGACGCAUCAUAAAGGACGUGGUCCUGCAGUGGGGCGAGAUGCCCACGUCUGUUGCUCAUAUCUGCUCCAACCAGAUCAUGGGCUGGGGGGAAAAGGCCAUCGAGAUCCGGUCUGUAGAGACGGGCCACUUGGACGGCGUCUUCAUGCACAAAAGAGCUCAGAGGCUGAAGUUCCUUUGUGAGAGAAACGACAAGGUGUUCUUCGCCUCGGUGCGAUCCGGCGGCAGCAGCCAGGUGUACUUCAUGACUCUGAACAGAAACUGCAUCAUGAACUGGUGAAGGAGCAGCCGCCUCUGGUCAGUGCCUGAAACCCCCAGCAGGGUCCAGAGAACCGAGCGCAUCCGCAGAAGCUCACUUACCGCAUGCACGCGACCGUGAACAUCCCUCCUUACCCUCUACAGUUCCUCUCACACUUCCACACAACAAACACACACACACCUACCUGGCCCCACUCCAGCACACACUCCUGAUGACAGUCACCCUGGAAUCAUCCURAAAAAUAGCUGAAGAUUUUCAAAAUGUCACGUUUUGAUUUUGAAARGUGUAAAUAAUAUAUAUAGUCCAGCUUGAUUUACGUGGUGAACCUGUCUUUAGUUUUAACUAGUUCCUAAUCGUGAAGCACGUUAACACACCUGGGUGGUUCUGCAGUGCGUUUUGACGAAGGCAUUAUUAAGCGAUCUGUAAAUAGAAGCUGAGUCUUUGAUCCGAAUCAUCCUGGAGCCUUGUGUACAGCUGCCGUUUAAAAAUGCUGAAGCGCUCGUCUACUGUGGCUCACGGACCUCGAUUUGUUUGGGGUUCCCAGUUUUAGGAAGGAUUUACUGCUCAUGGUCAAAUCUGAGCUGAAUAACUURAAUCAUUUCUUUAUAAUAGAUAAGCAGAAGCUCUGCUCUCUGUUGUUUAGUCCUGAACAUCUACUUAUGUUGCAACUUUUAAUCAAAAGCGUUAGAUUUGAUUUUAACACGAAUAAAUAAUAAAUCCAGCUGUAGUCUCAUGAAUGUCACAUUUGAUCUUAUGGUGAAACUUCCUGUUUUUUCUAUAGUUUAGGCAAAACCAUGAAUUAUUUCAUCAGAUUCUUUUCAUCUGUUUACAGAAAUACAGUAUGAAUAUUUAUAUGUAGUGAUUCUGUGUUAGUAUUAGCCUGCUGGUUUUCUUAAUUUUACUGUAAUUAUAUUGCCAUAAUAUUACAAUACAUUCUCACGGAGGGAGUCACUGACGAGGGGAGGUGGUGUUUGUUAGAGAUUAUUAGCUGUCAGGAAGUGAGGAUGUGAUCUACUCUACUGUAUUAUAUUUUAGUUCAUAGACUGUUUUUGUUUGUGUGAGAGGUGUUUUGUCCCAGGAGGGUUGGUAUUCAUCCUGGGCCUGUAGAACUGUUUGACACGAGUGAAGCUACGCGCCGUCUCUUCUGAGACUCUGCAGAACUCACGAGACUUGAUAUAUAUUUUAUAUCUUCACAUUCUGCCAAAGCUCACAGGACAUCCUGGAAGAUGAGGUGAAUAAGGCCAAAGAAAGAAGAGGCAAUAUAUUUAAGAUGGAUAUGGAGACAAUUAAUCCCACAUUUCACCAAACAAGGGUUUUAUAAGUUCAGACCAAAAUUUUAGUUUCUGUACCCAUAAAGCAGAGUAGAAGCUUUAUCUGAAAGAAAACCGAUCAGUUUAAGCAGCUUUUAGUUUGGUGACACUUCAGAAGGUUCAGGUGAUGUUUUAAACCUUCUUUGAUAAAACCAGACAGCUGUCUUUUAUUUUAUUUAUUUAUUUUUUCUCCAGUCCUAAAAGCUUUUUAAAAACAACUCUUGUUUGUGAUGAGUGGYUGAGUCUGCAGACGCUAACGAGAGCUUUUAAAUAAUCAUAAUGAAAUUCAUGUUCAGGGUAAAGAUCAAGUUAAAUGUGAUUAUAAAUAGAUAUAAAACGUUUAAAAGUGAAAUUAUAAAGUUGUAAAUGAAAAGCACUUUCACUUCAGUCAACAUUUACAGAUAUAAAUAUAAAUAUAUAUAAAUAUAUAUAUAUCAAAUACUUAAGUGUGCAUGUAAGCCAUUCAGAUAAUUUCUAUAGUACUGUAUCAAAAGUUGGUUUUAACGCAAACGAAAAUGUCUUUGUUUUAUUAUUUCAUGUGCCAUGACAUACACUACAGAUUUCUUGAUUACAAUUCAGCAGGAGGUUUUUUUUUUGUUUAUUAUUAAUCUGCCAUCAUGUUUACAGUUAAAGAAGUGCCUUGGAGUCAGGAAGCGGAGAGGUUUUAAAGCUGGGUUUGUGAGCCCCUCGUUUGUAUCCCAACGUCCGGUGCCGGUGAAGUGCACUUAAACGACAUCCAGAAAAUCCCCGACAAGAAACUUUGAGAUGCCUUUUUUGGCGCCGCAGAUUAAUGCCCCCGAAACGACACAUUAACAUAUCUAAUCAGUGGCAAUAACAAAAAAAAAAAAAAAAAAAACGUUCAUGAAAUCUGACGGAACGUGUUCAAACUCCCAGCCAGCAUAAAGAAAAGCCAUCUGUAGAGAACUUACUUAUGUGCUCAUAUUAAAUCAAAGUGUGUGUGUGAGUGUGUGUUAAUGAUUCAUACUGCACAGAUACGAUUAUUAUGCUUCUUCUUUAUCGAUGUUUGUGUGAUCUCGUAGUGGGGAGAGUAGCUUGUUUUAUUCUCAGAAACCUAUUUUAUAAAAUAUGUAAAUUAGUCUAAUGAGAAAUAAAAGUGAAUGUACAUCUAUAAAACAGGGUUUGUAUUUAAUCUAAGCACAAUGUAUUUUAAAGCAGAACGGUCGACGUGUAACCGAGCRCAGCCGAGAGACGGUAUCUUUACUUUUCCCCUCAUUCUGAGAUGUGGAGCUUUAAAUCGGUCUGAAUGGUUGUCAGGGAGGAGCUGAGGGACAUGUGGACGGUGUUGGAGGAGGUGUUUGAGUGAAUUUCAGGUGGUUAUAAAGAAAAGCGGCAGUGAAUUGAGCAAAUCAUUCCCUGCAAAAGAGAAGUGCAUUAAAUCAGUGAUUGAAAACAUUAGUGUACGUAAGGAGAAAUAAGAACAAAGUUAAGUCUUUUAAACGAAUGUCUAAAAGCUAAAAUCACAAUCCUACAAGUAUAUCAACCAAGUAUUUAAUAAAAUUCUAGUUUUAAGUUUAACAAGCGGGUCUAAAUCUUAAUUUAAUGCAGCUGAGGCAAAGCAUUCUUUGCAUCCACACAGCAGACAGGAUGUGGGCCAGGUCUGGCAAUGAUGGCACUGUUUGUAAGAAGGCAUGCCACCACUGGCCCAGUUAUGGUUUGGUUUACRUGGUGCUGGCCCACGCACAGACCACAUCUGGGCCACCAAAGGACUGUCAUUUUUUGUGGUAUCUGGGCCAGAGCUGGGCCAGGCAAAUGUGCUCUGAGUUUACAAAUCAACUAAACUGUGAGCUCCAGUGAUCUGGUUGUWGCUGCUGCUGAUUAAGUUCAUCCAGGCAGUAAAUAAAAACAGCUGAUUUAAAAUUAUUAGACCAAAGAAUUGUUCUAUGUCUAAUUAUUCAUUGAUUUUAACAUUUUUUAAAAGAAAUACAAGAUUGUGCAUUAAAUUUUAACAAUUACUAUCCAACUGGAAUUUUUAACAAUUACUAUCCAACUGGAGUGUUAAUUCAAUAUAAAAUACUUUAGUACUUGGUUGAAAAUUCACAUCAAAUUACUUUGUUUGCUGUUAAAAACACAAAUUUACCAAUAAAUGCUAGAAUAAAAACACAGCAAAUAUAAAAAAAAUGUUUUAGUGUAAAAUAACUCAUUUUAAUUUGUGAAGUUGACUGAUCAGCUUUAAGAUCAAAAUGUUUCCAGUUAAAACUUUUGUUUUCAAUCCCAGAUGAGUUUUUUUUCUUAAAGCACCUUAAGAUGAGAAAGUUCUGCUUCAAGAGCCUUAAAAAACCGACCUGAGCCACAGGACCGGUCCUGGUCUCCGUCAUCAGUGUGGCAGUAAUAAAAACAUCAGGUUUGAUUCGAGUUAAUCAGCAGGAGGCUUUCAGAGUUGUAGGUUGACAGAAAGGAGCAGAGAGACGACACCUCUGUUUUCUGAGCAAUACGAAUUUUUGAACAAAUCCAAACCCUGACAGGUGGUGAAGAGAUGUUGACUGGUUUGUGUUACAAAACCUUUCCCCCACUUCUUUGUGCUGAAAACAAUCGACCAGUUGAGCUGAUUGYUCUGAAGUCAUGUCAGAAACUGCCUUUAUGGUAAAUAGAUGAUAAUCCUGUGUUUUCAGUUCUGCUAAAAGUCGUGAAAGAAUCAGGUUUGGUGGAGAUCUUAAUCAUCAGGAUGGUUUAGACAGAACUACAAUAUCCAUUUAUUUCUUUUUCAAUAACUUGGUUUGUAACAUUGUUGCGAUGUUUUAAUGCGCCCACAUCGUGUCACCCGUCASAGGGUUCCUUCAGAUUGUAUUUCAUAAACGUAUAAACUUUAAAAAGAUUGUGCUGAAUGAAUUCAUGUCUUAAUACAGGUUGUUUGAAAAAAAUAAAAUACAUUGAUCUCA